GCUCUCGAUCCACUUCCGGAAUUCCCCUUGCAAUUGCAUAGCAACAGAGAGCACAGGUACACCGAACACUAUGGCGGGGCCUGGCGAUCCGAUUUGUUUGUACUGGACAUGUGACCAAGUAGCAGAUUGGAUUGCUGAACUUGGGUUCCCACAAUAUAAAGCCUGCUUCACAACUAAUCUGAUCACUGGUAGAAAGCUUAUUAUCGUUGAUGCCUCAACUUUACCAAGGCUUGGCAUUACUGACUUUGAUCAUAUAAAGUUCAUUGCAAGGAAUAUUAGAGACAUGCUGGGCGUAGAGGACCCAUACUGGAAUCGGAGUAUAUCAUUACCUCACAGAGAACUGAAAGGCAUGUACCUGGAACGCAAGAGCAUUUCUGGGAUGAAGGCAGACAGUCUCACACUCUCAAAGUACCAGAAAGAACUUCGUAGAAUCGAGAUUGAAAAGGAGCUCAAAACUCUCAAAAGUGCCCAAGUUAAGAGAUAACAGGUUGAUAGUGAACUACAAUAUUAAAAUGAACCGUGGCCAGCUCUAUGUAACACAUGUAAAUUUAUUCAAGGAUUAAGAUGACUAUUACCGCACAAAUUGAUAAAAGAUAUUUUAAAAUGAAAACAAUUUUGAAUACGAAUGUGAAAUGAAAGUCACCAAGAUGUUUGAUGCUUAUUUUUACACCAAUCUUUAGUCCAUGUGAGGCAAGACUCGUUUUAUAUAUGUAUAAAGUAGGUAACAACAAGUGUUUGUCUGGUUUGAAUGGAAAUCAGGCUUUGAUUAAGUGUGACAGUGCAUGAUGAUUGAACAAAUAUAAACAAAUGUACAAGGAGUUUGCCCCAAAUAAAGACAAUUACAUGUACCUUCAUCAUCUAAUUAUUUUAAAUAAUUAUGGGGAAAAUGUGAGUGGAUGAAAAAGUGUGAAAGAUUCUACUCUAUUUUUCAAUCUAUUUUUAGGAAUUUCCUCUUUAUCAGUAUUACAUGUAUCAAUAUUUUAUUAAGUAGUACUCUUUCUUUUGUUUAUUUUUUUUCAAAUUUGAACUCAGAUCAUUUAUGAAACUGAAACCACACUGACUUCUUUUUUGAAAGAAUUGGGAAUUUAUGAUGUGUUGUCAGCUCAUUCUGCCUUAUCCAAGUUUAUAAAUGUAUUAUUAAGGAAAAAAAACCUGUUGGAUAAAAGUCUAUUUGAAAAAUUACUUCUUGAUCGAUGUUAAUAUAUUUUCACAGACUCACAUAGAAAAAAUUAAGCACUUGUUGACAGGGUUGGGCUCAAUUACAUGGUAAUUGAUCAAUUAUGUAAUUAAUUUCAUUUUUUCAAGUAAUUGUAAUUGUAUUUGAAAUUUUGAAAGAGAAAGUAAUUGUAAUUGAAAAAAUGUAAUUGACUUCAGUUACCGUCAAUUACUUUUAAUUACAUUCAAUUACUAAACAAUAAACUUACUUCAUUGAUUUAAUUUCAUGACCUUUUUCAUGUCAACUGCUUCAGUAUCAAAGAGUGUAAUAGCCAGAAUCCAUGCUCUUUAUUUAGUUUGUUAAACAUAAACCUUCAUCUUGUCAGUUUCUCUGCAAUUUACAUAUAGGUGGUGCUAGUACUGUACAUGUAUCCAGAUCCAGAAUACAAAUUGAUUUCAUUCAUGACUUUUAUAGAAAGUAAUUGAAAUUGUAAUUGACAAAACUAAUUGGUAAUUGUAAUUGAAAAAAACGUAAUUUAAUGGAAAAGUUAUUGUAAUUGAACAAUUCUUCAAUUACAUAAUUGUUAUUGAAGACAGUAAUUGAGCCCAACCCUGCUUGUUGAUCUUCCUAUGUUCAUAUGAAUUAUGCUAUCAUGAGCUUGAUUUGUGUAUCAUGACAUAAUGUAGUUUUUGGUGACAGUGUUUAAAGGGAAUAUACCAUGACCACUGAUAUUGAAUAGCAUCAGCUCCAGACAUGAGUUAUUCAACCUGUCUAAGAUUCAGGGGUGUGAGAGUUCAGAUUUUUAUCUGAUUUCAAAUUUUUUAGUUUUGAUUUUCAGCUUAAUUUCAGCUUAUUUUUGGCUUUCCUCUGUACAAAAAGUAUGGGAGCUCUUUCUAUUUCAGACUUUUUCAACACUUCAGCUUUUUUCAGAUCUUUUUAUUUGUGAUCACUCACACUCCUGAAGAUUCCUUACCCACAAUGCAAUAAUUUUUAUGCCACUCUUUAGUCUUUACACCAUUAAUGGUCAAUACCACAAUUAAUUUUCCAAGAAACAAAAAGAUUAUUGAACAAAUUCCAGUUUUCUAAUAAUUAAUGGGACAAUCCUUAUUAGUUAUCAUUAUUAAACUCUACAGUUUCUGAAAGGUAUGAAUCAAGACUAAUGUUCCCACACAUUGAAACAUGGGUUUUUGUGUCUUGGAAACUGUUGCUUGCCAUAGAUUAAGUUUUAAUGAACACAACAAAGCAGCAUUGCAACAAAGGUUUAUAUACUAAAAUAUCUACACAUUUUCACUAAUUCAGUAUUACACAAGCCUUAACAACUGUGAUUGAACAAAGUGUCAUACAUGUUUUAUUAAUGUGCACUGUUUGUUAGGUAACAAAAGUUUAACAACUGUCUGUAAAUGUAUGAGGAAUUUAUGAUUCUAGUGCCUUUUAUAAGAGAGCUGCAAUUAUUUGCAUUUGAUGAAAUAUAAAAAGCUUUGAUUAAUUGCUAUGCAAAUGAUUUCUCCAAAAUUUUAGUGCUUAAAAUCAGGGGCCGCGGAACGGUUUUCAAAGUAGGGGGCUGACCAUGCAAAAAAUCACACAAUCAUAUGGUCAUUUUUACGUUUUUGUACAUGGUUUUGGAAAAAAGUGGGGGGGGGGGGCUAAGCCCCACUUCCGCAGCCCCUGAAACUUUCAGCUCACCUGUAUUAGAUCUGGAAAUCAAGUUUUAAAUAAAGAGAGUCAAAUUAAACAAGCAAAGAGUGAAAAUCUCUUUGAAUUGGGAUGAAAAUUUAGAAAAAAAUUAGUGUUGGGAGUAUUUUGAGUAAAGCAUUGUUGCAAAUGAGUGGGCUGCAUAUGGAAUGUUUGAAAUAUAUGUCACAUAAUAAGUUUGCCUUUGUACAGUACCUACCAGGAGGAUUACAAAAACUAUGAAUUUCAUCUGGAGUAUUCCUUUUCUUUUCAGAAAUUUUGUUGGUAUUAUUUGUCACUUAAUUUUCAUAUUAACAUUAUACGUAUAAUGUGCCUCACAAAUUAUGUAAUUUACUGUAGAUUUUAUACUUAAUUGAACCAUGCUAUAUUGUAAUUUUUGUAAAGGUAUCUAUGCAAUUGUUUGUUUUAAAGUUUGUCUUUAUAAAAAAAAAUUAAAUGUACAGGGAAAAAAGAA